AUGGUCUGCGCCGACAGAGGCGUCCAACGCCACCUCUCCGCGCCCUACACACCGCAGCACAAUGGCGUGGUGGAACGCCGCAACCAGACGGUGGCGGCCACCGCAUGCAGCAUGCUCAAUCCUGAACCGCUCCUUCACGCGCGCCGUGGACAGCAAGACGCCAACGGCGGUGGACUCGCCGAGUACGCGGUGGCCCCAGCGGCGCUCACGGUGGCGAGACCGCCAGAGGUGUCGGCCGUCGAUGGCGCCUGCCUGCCGGCCGCCGCCAGCAGCGCGCUCCAGCUGCUUAAGGCCACGGGGGUCAGCUCCAACGCCACCGGGCCGAAGAACGUGUUGUUGACCGCGGCGUCCGGCGGCGUGGGCCACUACGCGGUGCAGCUGGCGAAGCUCACCGGGAUGCACGUCACGGCCACCUGCGGCGCGCGCAAUGUCGCCUUCGUGCAGGGCCUGGGCGCCGACGAGGUGCUGGACUACAAGACGCCCGAGGGCGCGGCGCUGCGGAGCCCUCCGGUAGGAAAUACGACGCGGUGGCGAACCGCGAGGCGGGGGUGGCUCUGGCCGGCGCUCAGGGCGGUGCUGGCGGACGAGGGAGGCACGGCCGCGGACGUCACGCCGGGGGUCCGCGCCGCGCUCACGUCGCUCCUGCAGAAGGUGACGUUGGCUGGCGGGAGCGCGAGCACGCGCGCGGCAACUUGGAGCGCGAGGGAAGCGCGUCGGCGCCGACGCCGUCCACCUCGACCCGGGCGGUGUGGCGGCCGCGGUCGUAGUCGACGGAAACAUCCGUCGAACACCUUGCGGGCAGUGGCCGGGCAGCGGUAG